AUGACGCGAGGAUUUGCUACCAUCAAGCCCGAGUGCGAGGAAACCUUUGAUGCAGUCAAAGAGACCGAUGCUCUCAACUAUGUCAUCUACGAAGCUUCGGCACAUGACAAGGCUAUCUCUGUCUUGAAGUCUGGCAAGUACGAGAGCUACGAUGAGGUUGUCUCUCACUUCAAGGGUGAUGCCCCUCGCUACGCUGUCGUCGACUUUGAAUAUGAUUCUCCCACCGGUAAUGAGAAACGACACAAGCUAGUCUUCAUCACGUGGGUUCCCGAGACGGCGAGCAUUCACGACAAGUCUUACUACACGAGUAAUAAGGAUCAUCUGUACCGGGCGCUCGAGGAUAUCAGUCUGCAUGUGCAGGCAUCUAAGCCAGCAGAGUUGGCCCAUGCCGCUAUCCUUAGCAAAUUCAAGGUCCUCUGA